UGCGGCUCCUCCUCCUCCUCCCUGGCCCCGCCCCCCCCCUCCCGGCAUCCUUUGCGCUUCCGCCUUCUGCAGAAGAGAGAGCCCCGAGAAGAAGCAGCCUCGGCCAUGACGACCCUGGAUGACAAGCUCCUGGGAGAGAAGCUCCAGUACUACUACAGCAGCAGUGAGGAUGAGGACAGUGAGAAGGAGGACAAGGACGAGGAGCCCCACUCCCUCCAUGAUCCCACCGAGCCGACAGAGAUGAUGCUCAGCAGCGACGGCAGUGCAGUCAACACAGGCCCAAAGGGUGUGAUCAAUGACUGGAGGAGAUUCAAACAGCUGGAGACAGAACAGCGGGAAGAACAGUGUCGGGAGAUGGAGCGGCUGAUCAAGAAGCUCUCCAUGACCUGCCGGUCUCACCUGGAUGAAGAGGAGGACAAGCGGAAGGAGAAGGAGCUUCAGGAGAAGCUGAAUAGCAAGCUGACGCUGCAGGAGUACAGCAUGCUGCAUGAGAGCGCAGACGAUGAGGCGUUCCUGCAACAGUACCGCCAGCAGCGGAUGGAGGAGAUGCGCCAGCAGCUGCACAGCGGCCAGCAGUUCAAGCAGGUCUUUGAGAUCCAGAGUGGGGAGGCCUUCCUGGACGCCGUGGACAAGGGCCCCAAGAACACCCUGGUCAUGAUCCACAUCUAUGAGGAUGAGGUCCCCGGCUCCGAAGCCCUGGAUGGCUGCAUGAUCUGCCUGGCUGCCGAGUACCCCAUGGUCAAGUUCUGCCGCGUCCGGAGCUCCCUGAUCGGCACCAGCACCCACUUCGCCACCAGCGCCCUGCCGGCCCUGCUGGUCUACAAGGGUGGGGAGCUGGUGGGCAACUUCGUCCGCAUCACCGACCAGCUGGGUGAGGACUUCUUCGCAGGGGACUUGGAGGCCUUCCUGCAGGAGUGUGGGCUGCUACCGGAGAAGGACAUGGUGCUCCUCACCUCCAUUUGCCCUGCCGCCCCUGCUUGCUACAGCGAAGAAGACAGCGACUUGGAGAUAGACUGAGACAGGCAAAGAAGUGUGCGUUGAGGGGGAUGUACUGGAGCAGAGCUUGGGAAAGUUCAUUUUUGAGAAUUAUGAAGUCCCAGUCCUGGAAGCAUCCAGUGGCAUACUGGGAUUUGUAGACACAAGGCAUUAGAUCUCUCUGGUGCAGGACUGCAGACUACAUAUCCCAGGAUCCCAUGGGAUGGAGCCAAAGUAGUUAGAAGGGUAUCAAAAGUGCUGUAAAUGUGUUGUGUGAAAGACACCCUAGUCCAAAAAUCAACCCCAAAAGGAACUUUUCCAAGCUCUGGUUCUUGAGCUGGGCUAUGUGCCCAGAAUAACAGCCUCAAAGCGUUUAUUCUGUUCUUUGCUAGUUUGUAGAGGACCAUUUUGUCGUUCCCACAUGGGCAGCUGCAGCCAUAUUCUUUGUACCUCUCCGGCAAGCUUUCGGGGUGUCCUUUCUCAAGCCAAGCUCUUUGCUGCCAUUCCGAAUGUCACAGCUGCCAUGUUGUGCGUGCAUAGAAUCAUGAGUGGGCAUUUUGGCCAGGAGAUAGGCAUCGACAUCACUCAGGAACAGAAAUGGUGGGGUACUUGUGAGCCCCAAGAUACCCAGUGAUGGGCAAAGGCUCCAAAUGCCCUUUAAUUAAUGAAAAUAAUUGCAGUAGCAAUGGUUGCAAGCAGUAGUUCAAUCCAAGUACUUGUUAAGACUCUUGAAUCCUGGCCAUUCCUAGCAAUGGUUUCUCUCUUUAUACAGGUGUGUAAAAUGUCCUCCUCGCUAUCUGGGCUUGUUUGGUUGUUCUUUUUUGUAUUUCUGUCCUGUUUUUCUGUCUCUCAGUCUCUCCACUGCCCAGUUCUUCCUGCGCAAAUCAAUUUGCUAAACUCUUCUACUGUGUGUGAAGGUGAUUCCUAACAUUUUCGUAAAUUAAUGCAAUAAAACAUCAUAUAUCAAGA